GUCACUGAUGCAGGACACGAACAUGGCGGCUGGGCUCGCGCUCGUGUCCUCGCGGUUCCGCGGGCUCCUGUGCGUGCGCGUGCCGGUCGCGCGUGCGCUCGUCCCGGGUCUCGGUUCGGUCCAGACUCGGACCUUCGCCCUGGACCCGAACCAGAACCCGGACCCGGACCAGAACCUGAGCCAGAACCCCUUUUACUCCAAGUAUCGCGAGAAGAUCCGCGAGCUGCGCAGUUCAGAUCCUGAGGUGUAUAAAAAUCGUCUGGAGAAUCGUUCGUUGGUGAAAAUGGAGCGAGUGGGAAACAGUAAACAAGAAGAAUUCAUCAAACUCAUGGACACGACCACAAAGGAGGGGGCGGAGUCUUCGAGGACGACGUCCGGUGGCGCCAGCGGCAAAAACAAGACUCUGGACUCCAUCCUGAACUUGGACCUGGUGAAGGACAAAACGGGAGCAGAGAUUUCACAGAUUUGGACUCGAUAUUUUUCCACCAGAGACACGAUCAGUGCAGCCAUCCCCACUGAAACGUUUGAGUUGAUGCAGAAACGAUCAGAAAACUGCCCAACGUUCCUCUUCGUUCUUCCUCGCUCUGACGGGUUUGAGUUUUUUGUUGGACAAUGGAACAGAAACGAACUUCACUUCACCUCCCUCAUCAACCUGCAGACUCGUGGAGACAGCGCCCCCUCUCAGUUGCUCCUGUGUCAUUACACUGAACUCACAGACAAAGGAAUCGUCCUGAUGAACGCAGAGAAAGACCACAGCACCAUGGACGUACAUGAGGCUCAGUGUUUGGCCAAUCAGGUGCAGCUUUUCUACGGCUCCAGAGAUGGAGCGUUCCGAUUGGUCGAGGCCUUUAACCAUAAUCCCAAAGAAUUCAACCACAUGGACGUGAUCUUGGCGCUGGAGCAGAGCGCCGUCAUCUGACCACGCCCACUUCUUCACAAGGACACGCCCCCUCCUCCAGGCCACGCCCCCUGCUCCAGGACACACCCCCUGCUCCAGGCCACACCCACAGUGUUUUAUGGAUUUGUUGUUCAUAGUUUCGAUGUUUUUCUUUGUUCUGUUUCUUUUCUGACUCAUGAAAAACAAAAGUCCAGACACGAUGUCAAAUGAUAAAAUAAUACAUUUAUUUUGUGAUUCCAAAUGAGUUUAAAUGAGCCAAUCAGAGUCGAGCGGAGGACGUCCAGACGCUUCAGUAGAAAUGAACUUUUUAUGUCUUUGUUUUGUAGAAAAUGUUUUAGAAAACUGAAUGUCCCUGUGGUGAUGAGGGCGGCUGCUCUUGUGGCUGAGCGGCUCGUUGGUGCUCUUGUGGCUGAGCGGCUCGUUGGUGCUCUUGUGGCUGAGCGGCUCGUUGGUGCUCUUGUGGCUGAGCGGCUGGCACACUGAGCAGUCUGUAAACAGAAGUUCCGUUUGGUCGGACGCUGAAACGCUCCAGACGUCCACAGGAAACGUUUCCUCACAGAGACACCAGAGCGGAGACAGGCUCAGGUUCACCUGUCGCCCCCUGCAGGAUGCUGUAGGACGCUGCAGGACACUUUUGUCCUGAGGCCUGUUCCUCUCCUCACACUCACACUGUCUGCUGCUCUGUGAUUAAACGUCCCAUAAUCCUU